UCUAAUUAUGCUUAUGUACCUAAUGAUGAUAGCGGCACAAAUGACAUCGGAAAUUAAACUGAAAAAACACUACCAGGCACGAUCAGUAUCGGAUAUAAAACUGUUUUUCAUAGAGAAGGCUAUGGAAUGUAGAACAGAUCACUCGGUCACGAGUGAGGAGCUCCACCAUAUGAAGAACCACAAUAAAGUGCCAGAAAGUGACUCGGCCAAAUGUCUACUGGCGUGCAUUUUUAGAAAAGUUGAAUGGCUUGACGAGAAAGGCAUGUUUGACGAAGAAAACGCUCUUAAAAUGUCUAAGAAAGAAUUUCCUGACGAUAAGGAGCGCCAAGAAAGUGCAAGAAAGCUGUAUGCGGUGUGUAAAAAAGUGAACGAGGAGACAGUCGGUGAUGGUGAAAAGGGCUGCGAAAGAUCUUCCUUGUUAGCAACAUGUCUAUUGAACAACGCAGCUGAGAUGGGCUUCCACUUGUAGAUAACGCUGACACUACAACGAAGAAGUUUUUAUAUUGUUAUAUUUAUAUAUUUUUUGCUGAUUAAAAUUGUUUUAUUUAUU